AUGCCGUCGCCACCGCCGCCGGUUCCUGCACCCCGGAGUUUAUCUGUCUCGUCACUCAUAUUCAAAUGUACAGAUAAUGAAAAGAAAAAUUUCAAGGAUGAUAUUGUUACAUUUAAUAUUGGCGGUCAUAUUUAUUCAACAACAUAUUCAACAAUCAAUGAAAAUGUUGAUUCUCAAUCAUUAUUAGCUUUAAUAAUAUCAAAUCGAACAACAACUUCAUUAGAUAAAAAUGGUCAUUAUUUUAUUGAUCGUGAUGGUACAUAUUUUCGUUAUAUAUUAAAUUAUUUUCGUGAUAAAAAAUUAUUUUUACCUGAAAAUUUUACUGAAUUAAAACAACUUUGUUCAGAAGCAAAAUUUUAUCAAAUUGAUCGACUUGUAAAUGAAAUAGAAAAUCGUUUAAAUACAACAAAUGAACAAAAUAAACAAUUACAAAUUGGUUUAAAUUUUACAUUAAUAUCAAAUUUAAAUCAAGGUGGAAAAAUUUUAACAUUAAUUGGUCCAUUAAAAUUAAUUUAUUUAUUUCAUAUUGAACCAAUUGGAAGACAAUUUUUAAAAACAAUAUCAAAUUUUAAUGAUCCAACUAAUAUAUCAUGUCAAUGUACAUUUCCAGUUGAUGAUAAACUUAUAUCAUGUCAACCAUUUGAUCAAUUACAACGUAUUGUACUUGCUAAACAAGCACGAAAAAUGGGCAUGGCUGUUAGUUAUUGUGAUGAUUAUUUUUAUAUACCUAUUGAACGUCAAAUUAUGUUAAGAGAUGAAUUAGCACAAUUAUUAUUAAAUAAAUAUAAUGGAAAAUUAUUACAUACAAAUAUAACAUAUGAAAAAAAAUCUAAUACAGAUCAUGAUGGUUCAUAUACUCUAGUCGAAAAUUGGUUUAUACCAAAUAUAUCCAUUAUAAAAUGUUUAGAAACAAAUGGAAUAAUGAAUCAAGAUGGAAAUAUUUAUUCAAAUACAAGCAUGACAGAUUGA